UUCCCCAGUCACUCAAUUCACCUCCAUUCUCCUUUACAAUCACACUUAUCCCCACCCAGAAUGCCACUCUCAAAUCUCCGACCGUGCAAAGUCCUCAUCGCCGGCGGCGGCAUCAGCGGGCUCACCCUGGCGCUCUCGCUGGAGAAGCACGGCGUCGACUACCUGCUCCUCGAGGCAUACCCGGAUCUGGCCCCGCGACGCGGCGGCGGCAUCCUCGUGAUGCCGAACGGCGCGCGCAUUUUGGACCAACUGGGCUGCUAUGAGGACCUCUACCAGCGGGCAGGAGGCAGUGGGGUGUCGCGGCUAUAUCUCCGCGGGCCCGACGGCCAAGUCCUGGCCACCGUCGAUCACACAGACAAGGAUUUGACAGAGAGACACGGCUACCCAAACAUCUGGGUCGACCGCCACCACCUCCUCCGCACGCUGCACGACCACAUCGCCGACAAAUCCCGAAUCCUGCCGAACAAACGCAUCACGACCGUGCACCACCUCCCCGACGGCGUCGAAAUCACCACCGCCGACGGCAGCACGUACCGAGGGGACAUCCUCGUCGGCGCGGACGGGACCCACUCGACCGUGCGGCAGGCGAUCGUCUCGCGGGCCACCGCGCUCGGUCUGGGGAAGGAGUACUCCGAAGAAGAGCAGAUCCCCUCCACCUACGACUGCAUCUUCGGCCUCUCGUCAUACCACCCGGGUCUCGCGCAGGAAGGCGAAGAGAGCACCCUCCAAUUCAUCCUGGGCGACCACCAGUCCUACAUCGUGGGCACCUCCGGCCCCACCAACCGCUCCUGGUGGUUCUUGUUCUUGAACCGGGGCGCCAUCCACCACGGGGCGGAGAUCCCGAAGUAUGAUGCCGCAGAUAAGGCGCGGGUGCUCCGCGCGCAUGCAAGCGAUCAACUCACACCGACUGUGACGUUGGCGGAUCUGAUGAGUGCUGGGCCGGCGGAGACGGUGUAUACGCCCCUGCGGGAGUGGGUGUAUUCGCGAUGGCAUCUGGGGAGGAUGGGGGUGGUUGGGGAUGCGGCGCAUAAGAUGACGACGGUGCUCGGGCAAGGCGGCAACCAAGCUAUCGAGAGCGUGGCUGCGCUGACGAAUAGUCUGGUGAAAGGGCUGGCGAAUGGGGGUACGGGGAGAAUGACGGGCGACGAAAUUGAGGCGAUGUUCGAGGAGAUGCAGGUAUUACGUGCCCCGAGAGCUAGAGACAUGAUGGAGGCGUCUGGGAAGAAGCAGCGUGCGGAUGCGAUGGAGACGCCGGAGCUGAAGCAUUUCUCGAUGCAUGUGUUCCCCAAGAUCAUUGCGCUGGGCACGUUUCGCCGGUGGAAGCAGUAUUUGGCCGGGGCAGUGUCGUUGCGCGGGUUGCCGAUUCCGUACCGGAAGAGGGUGGUGCCGUUUGAUGAUGAGGUUGAGCGUGCGACUGAGGGGCUGGGGAGGGUGGAGGCUAAGUUGUAGCGGCGAGUUGGCGAAGCUUGUGUGUUGUGGUCUAAUGAUCUGUCCUCAAUGAGGUUACAAGGGCGGAAUAAGAGCGAUGAUCCCGAGGUACGCCGUAGGGCUGGGGGCAUCAGGUGAUCGCCACCAUGACCAUCAUGGAGCAAAAGAAAGACAUGGAUGCCCUGACACUCAGUACGUGGAAUGGUUCCUGAUCCACAUUGAGUUUCAUUGAAAAAGCCUAAAGCUUAUGCCGGGUCAUGACGUCAUGUAUCUUCACCCUGCAAAUCUUCUUUGUUCUGAACUUGACAUAUUUUGUAACUUCAACCUCAACCUCAACCUCAACCUCACCUCACCACCCCAGGAUGUUAUACCACCACCCAAACCAAU